ACGUCAACGUUUCGGCGUCGCGACGCCUCUCCCUUUACCCUUCCUCUCCGCCGCGGUGCGAGUCUCGCCGCGAAAAUUACCGGCGCCUUGAAGGACCAAAAAUUCUUGGGAAAAUUUUUUUAUUUGGCUCGAAGGACCAAUUUUUUUUUGUUGUUUUAAAUUUUGGGCUAUUGUACGUAAAAUUCUUUGCGUUAAAUGAGAUGUAACAAUUAAAACAAUGUUGUGUGUGUAUAAGAAAUGACGAUUGUAUUAUAUGAGGAUUUAAUGUGAUUAUAAGGAAAAUGUCAGUGGGAGUUAAUUAAUUAAUUAUAUUGAACGUAGCACACAGUAUUAGUGAUAUACAGUGGCAAUUUCAAGUGACUGACACAUGUAUACAAGUAUUCCGGCGAUUGGAACACAGGAUAUUGAGUCUUUUAUAUGCCUCUAACUGAACAAUUCCCUCCUCUUUCUACUAGUCACUACAAGAUUGACUUUUUCAAAAACUAUAACAAGCGUAUUUGAAUCCAGAGGACUACUAAUCGGAUAUUUUGCUCUAUGGACAUGCCACAGAGGAAUAAAUCAGUUUAUUCCGAAUUAAUGGAUGCAGUGACGUAUUCAAACAAAGGGUAGCUAGUGGAAGCAGUCGCAGAUAUGGGCAUUGAAAAAUGGCCCAUAUUUUUCAUGGUGCUGUUCAUCAACUUGGCUGGGCAAUGUGUUGUAUCACAAGAACCAGCUAUAGUUUUGGACGUAUCAGAAUCAGGAGACAGCUUCAAUGAGUUGGGAGCAUCGUUUCCCCCAUUGGAGAGCCCCCCAGUGCAUUUCGCAACUGAAAAUAAUACUGUCAUAACCUCACAAACUGGAUCGACAGCAUUGAUUCCAUGCAUCAUCAAUAACAUAGGAGAUGGAACGUCUUAUUUUCAGGUGUCCUGGAUUCGGAAAAUGCAAAAUGGCGGUCCCCAUUUGCUGACAGUGGGCCUGGCUACGUACAGCAGCGAUGACAGAUUUCAAGCCGUUCAUUUACAACGCUCAGAUGACUGGACGCUCCAAAUAAAAUUCGUGCAACAAAGGGACGGUGGCGUGUACGAAUGUCAAGUGUCAUCUCAUCCUCCGACCAGUAUUUUCAUUCAGCUGAAUGUCGUUGAGGCCAGAGCUGACAUACAAGGUCCUCCAGAGAAGUACCUGAAACCAGGCAGCGGUCUCAGGCUGCAAUGUACGGUACUACAGAGUACCGAACCACCUGCCUACGUGUUUUGGUACCACAACAAUAGAAUGAUAAAUUACGAUGUCGAUCGGGGGAUCAAUGUGACCACAGAACUCCUGGACAAAAGCAGUACCUUGACGAUAACCAACGCCGCCACGCGGCACUCGGGGAACUACUCCUGCGUACCCAGUAACGCACAAUCUGCCAGCACGUACGUGCACAUAUUAAACGGUGAAAAUCCCGCAGCUAUGCAACACGGCGGCAGGGGAUUAUCGUGGCUCCGAUGCAGCCCGUCCUCCUGGCUGCUCGUCGUUUUCUCCCUGGCCGUGGUGGUGUGCUAGUUUUAGCAGAACAGGGGGCCGGGAGGAUUUAGCACUGUUUUAGAUAACGGUGAGUUAUGCAACACCUUUCUGGAGGACGUGGACGAUGUAGAUGCCAGUGGCGAUGAGUUUUGUGAAGAUUUGUACAAAAUGUGGGAGUUGAAGUAAAUUUUCUUGAAUUUUUACCGAUUUAAUUUAAAUAAAACUAACAAGAAAUGCUCUUUUAAGUUAUGUUAAGUAAAUGAAUUUAGUGUCUUUUUAAAGUCUCCUGAAAAGGUUGGAAAAUUUAAAUUUGUUCUUUUUUUUUGUUUUUUCUUUGAGGAUUUAGGAGUGUUUUAGAAAACGGUGAGUUAUGCAACACCUUACUGAAGGAGGUGGACGAUGUAGACUCCAGUGGCAAUAAGUUUUGUGAAGAUUUGUACAAAAUGUAGGAAUUGAAGAAAAUUUUCUUGAAUUUUUACCCAUUUAUGUUAAAUGAAACCAUCAAAAAAUGCUCUUUUAAUUUCUGUUUAUAUUAAAUGAAUUUAGUGUCCCUUUAGAGUCUCCUAAAAAGGUUGAAAAAUUUAGUUUUGUCUUUUUUUGUUUUUUCUUUGAGGAUCUAGGAGUAUUUUAGAAAACGGUGAGUUAUGCAACACCUUACUGGAGGAGGUGGACGAUGUAGACUCCAGUGGUGAUGAGUUUUGUGAAGAUUUGUACAAAACGUAGGAAUUGAAGAAAAUUUUCUUGAAUUUUUACCCAUUUAUGUUAAAUGAAACCAUCAAAAAACGCUCUUUUAAUUUCUGUUUAUAUUAAAUGAAUUUAGUGUCUCUUUAGAGUCCUUAAAAGGUUGAAAAAUUUAGUUUUGUUCUUUUUGUUUUUUUCUUUGAGGAUUUAGGAGUAUUUUAGAAAACUGUGAGUUAUGCAACACCUUACUGGAGGAGGUGGACAAUGUAGACUCCAGUGGCGAUGAGUUUUGUGAAGAUUUGUACAAAAUGUUGGAAUUGAAGAAAAUUUUCUUGAAUUUUUACCGAUUUAUGUUAAAUAAAACCAUCAAAAAACGCUCUUUUAAUUUCUGUUUAUAUUAAAUGAAUUUAGUGUCUCUUUAGAGUCUCCUAAAAAGGUUGAAAAAUUUAGUUUUGUCUUUUUUUGUUUUUUCUUUGAGGAUCUAGGAGUAUUUUAGAAAACGGUGAGUUAUGCAACACCUUACUGGAGGAGGUGGACGAUGUAGACUCCAGUGGCGAUGAGUUUUGUGAAGAUUUGUACAAAAUGUAGGAAUUGAAGAAAAUUUUCUUGAAUUUUUACCGAUUUAUGUUAAAUGAAACCAUCAAAAAACGCUCUUUUAAUUUCUGUUUAUAUUAAAUGAAUUUAGUGUCUCUUUAGACUCUCCUAAAAAGGUUGAAAAAUUUAGUUUUGUUCUUUUUGUUUUUUUCUUUGAGGAUUUAGGAGUAUUUUAGAAAACGGUGAGUUAUACACUACCUUACUGGAAGAAGUGGGUGACGAUUAUUUAGUUAACGAUGUGCUAAUUGAAGAAUUGUAUAAAAUAUGCGAGUUUUAAGAGGUAAAAUACAAUUUCCUAUAGUUUUUUCAAUUUAAAUUAAAUAAAUCUAUAAGAAUAUGCUCUCUCUUGAUUAAAACUCAAUUUUUGUUUAUAAUAAAUCCAUUUAGCAUCUUUGAAUAUACUUAAAAAACUGAAAAAUUUAGUUUUGUUUCUUUUACAUGUUUUCUUUUGAGGAUUUAGGAGUAUUUCAGAUAACGGUGAGUUAUGCAACACUUUUUGUUGGAGAGACACAAGACAUGUAAUAUAUUAUAGCUCCAUACUCUGUCUGUGUUAUAUCUUAAUAAACAAAUCAAAAUAUAAACAGUUAAUAGAGAGAUAGUGUUAUUGAAAAUGCCAAAAAAGUUUACAAAUAUAAAAAGAGUGUACGAGAAACCAAAAUUAAUUUUAAGUUAAUUUUAAUAUAUCAAAAUUAAAAAAUAUAAAUUUGCAAUAAUACACAUCACUGUCCUCAAUUUUUUUAGUAUUCUCUUUUUCUUAAUAACACAAUUACAUACUCCUCUUUUUGUAUUAAUACGAAGAACUAAAAUAAAACACAUAGUUAAUUUAUGAAAUUAUAUAUUUUGUAAAAUACAAAUGUUGUGUAGUAUAGACAUAAAUUUGUAUAUAAAAUAAAUAAACUUGAAAACAGUUAAUAUUAAGUUUUCUUCAAAUUUACACAAAUAAUGUCAAUAUAUUAUGAUGUAUUUAAAUUCCUUUAUAAAAGUAUUUACACAUUUUUAUUUGUAUUUUUCUUUAUAUCGAUACAAAUCAAAAUAGAUUAUAACCUGUAAGAUAUAUAAUUAAUACUAUUGAAAUUAAUUCUUAAUAAACUUUUGUAUGACAAUGUAAAAACUACAGAGUUAGCCUUAAAAUAAUAUUAAAAAACUUUUAAUUUUUGCUCACAAUCAGACAAAUAGUUAACUGAAAAUGUAAUUAAUUAUCAUAGCUAGUAAAGUUUGUAAAUUCUAUAGUUUUAACGUAGGUACAUUUUCUUAUUAUAAACUUCCAGAAACUUGGAGAAAUUUUGAAUUGGAAUCUAGUAUAACUGCUUUUAUUAUCAGUGUAUCCAACUAAGAAACUUUGUAAUAAUAAUUGUAAUAUUUGUUUAUACAAAUUAAACAGAAAAUAUUAUUCUUAGCAUAGAUAUUUUUU